AUGGCCUCGACGCGUUCACCAUCACCCACGUCAGAUGCCGGUUCGUCUGAGCAUCUGUCCCCGCGAGCCAAGAUUAAUGCCCUACUGGCUGGGCUUGACAGCAGCGACGAUGAGAACACCGCCAGCAAACCCCACCCCACUACCAAACUCACAUCGACAAGGACAGUGCCACCUCGACAUGAUUCCGACAGCGAGGAGGAGGAAUCCGACGUUGAAGUCAGGCCGAGGGGUAGGCUUGCCGCCCGCAUGAAUGGCGCUGUUCCUUCGAAUACCAAUGCUGGAGGGUCUAAGCAGGCUCCGCCACAAAAGAACGCCCCUGCUCCUGUUACCACUGCCAACGACGACCAAGAGGAGGAUGAUGAUCUUCCUGUUGCCCCCAGGCGUCUGCAGAGGAAACCUCGAGAGGACUCGGUUCUCGAGAACAUGGCAUCUAGGGGCUCCAGCCCCGGGCUCUUUGUUUCUUCACCGGUUCGCCCCUCGCCGACAAAACAAGCACCGCCCUCGGAUGCAGAGGAUGACGACGAAGACAUCCUGCCCGCUAUGAAAUCCGACCGUUUCAAGGCUCUCGUCGAACGCAAGAAGCAGGAGCGUCUCGCUCGUGAGGCCGCCGAGGAGGCCCGUAGGGCAGAGCGCCGAGCUCAGCAGGAUAAGCUGUCCUCGGAGAUGGACCAGCUGGUCUCGGACGACGGCGGCGACAUGUCUGACAUAAUCGACGACGAUGGCGGCAGGAUUCUCACGCAGAACGCCAACCGCCGUCCAGAGGCACGAAAGGCGAGCAAGAAAGCCGUCGAGGAGAUGAACCGUGAGACGCAGCGCAUGGCACGCAGCAUGCAGCUCGCCCACGAGGCCAGGACGCGCAAGAAGAUCACCAAGAACAGUCUCUUUGAGAGGUUCAACUUCCGGCCCGCCGGCCAUCCUAUGCCCGAGCCCAAGGCGGCCAGCUCCAGCCUUCCUGGAAGCCCUCCAUCCGACGGUGUGGAUGCCAACAUGAAAAAUGCGGACACUCCGCCCAGCUCCCCCCCUGUUGACGACGUUGAUCCUGACGACAAGAAGGCCGUUGAACAGGAGCAGGAGCAACAGCAGCCUAUCUUCGACAAGGGCAAGGGAAAGGAGGUAGUCGUCCCUGAAAAUCUCAGCAAAUCGCUCAAGGACAAGACGAAGCGUCGCAUCCGCGUCAAGAUGCCCCAGCUGUCUGUGAACUACGUCUCUGUGGAUUCUGACGACGAGCUCGAAAUCACCCGUACGACAAGAGACAAGAUCGACGCCAUCUUUGCCAGGCUGCCCGCCAAGGACACUGAGACGCACUCGCUCGAGGCCCUACGCACCUUGGCUCAAGUCCGGUCCCCCAGCAAGGAGAAGCGUCGCAAAGACGACCACUCGGGCAUGACCAUCGGUCAGCUUGAGGUGUACCUGUACCAAAAGGCAAAACAACAGGCCAAGCUGGAGCGCGACCGUCGACUGGACAUACUCAAGGCCCAGGGUGUCGUUGUGCAGACGGCUGAGGAGCGCGAGCGUCAGAUGCAAGAGGUCGACGACAUUGUCGCCAAGGCACGCAGAGAAGCCGAGCAUAUUAUGCAGCAGGAGCGCGCCGCCGCCAAAAAGAACAAGAGCGCCAAUGGUGAAGUCGACCCCUUGGCCUGGGAUGAUAGCGAAGAUGAUAAUUACGAGGACCCGGCAAACGAGGCUGAUGGUGAGGCCUCGGGCCUUGAACUCUCAGGAUCAGAAGACGAAGAGGGCGAAGCUAAGGAUGAGGAUGAAGAAGAAGAAGAAGAAGAAGAAGAAGAAGUUGGCCACGAAGAUUCUGCCGUGAUUGAUGUCGCUUUUGAGGAUGACGGUGCUUCUGAGGAGAGCGAUGCCGAGGACCAGCUUCCCGCAAACGUCAACAAGAUGCGGCGUUCAAGGAAACAGGCUGCUGUCCUCUCCGACGACGACGAAGACAGCAACACUGAGGUGCCCAAGAUCGAAGCAACACCGAACCCCAAGGUCAGAAUGACUCAUGUAUCUCCCAACAUUCAGGGUGCGACCACCCCCAACGCGCACGGCUCCGUCCUCCGCUCAGCAAAGAAGACGUUCAUACCUGGUCUCCCUGUCAAUGGCCCUGCUGGCCUCGGCCUGACGCAGAUGUUCGCUGGGACCAUGGAUGACAGCCAAAUGUCGCCCACCAACCAGGGUGGUUUCGUCCCUACGCAGUCAAUGAUGCCUGACUUCGACCACUUCCCCAACUCCAACUUCUCUGCCACCAUGGACACCACGGCGCCGUUAGACACGCAGGCGGUAGAGACGCAGCCUAUGACCCAGAACGGCAUCCAGCUCAACCUGGACCCGGCGACACAGGUGCACUGCCUCGACAGCCUCAUGAGGGACGAUGUGCCGCUCACACAGCUCUCCGAGCUCAUCGAGCCCUCUCAGGAUGGCGGGUUCCAGGAGCACACGCCUCUGAAAGAACGUUUCAUUGACGCCCCGCACUCUACCAUCGACACUGUCGUCCUCAGCGGCCAGGGUGAGCCCGCAGAGCAGCAGCAGCAGCAAGAUUCGCCACUGGUCCGCAAGGGAAGGCUUCGUCGCAAGAUGGAAUCUGUCGCUACCAACGACACCGUGGUGGAAAGCUCCCUUCCUCCGCCCCAGUCCCAGUCCCGGCCGGCAUUUGGCACUAUGCAGGACGCGGCCAAGAAGGAGGAGAAGAUGAGGAAUAAGCGGGCGGUUACGGAGGAGUUCGACCGCAAAAAGAGCAAGGCCAAGGAGAUGGUAGAGGAGCUCGCUGAGGAGUCCGAAGAUGAAUAUCAGGGUCUUGGCGGGUACGAUGGCGAAGACAGCGAUGACGAGUCGAGUGCGUCAGUCAAGGACAUGAUUGAUGACGCCGUGGGUAACGAUCCCGAUGAGCGAAAACUGGCAGCCUUUUAUGCGGACCGUGAACGUGCGAAUGAUGAGAAGCAAGUGGAGCAGCUCUUCAAGGACAUAACUAACGGCAUGCUGCGACGCAAGCGCGGCGCCGAUUACGACCUUUCGGACUCGGACGAUGACGGCGAGGCUCGCAAGAAGCUGAAGCGUCGCCAGUUUGCCAAGAUGCAAAAGGCCCUCUUUUCCGACGAGCGUGUCAAGAAGAUGGCCGAGAACCCGGGCAACGAGGCCUUCCUGAAGACGAUUGAAGAUCGAAACAGCGAUGACGACAUGGACAUCCUGGACGUUCAGGAACCAUCGCAGUCUCAGUCGGAAUCUCAGUCGGCAGACGAGAAGCAGCAGCAGCAGCAGCAGCGAACCGUCCCUGAUAGCCAGCCCCGUGCUACUACCUCAGGGUACAACAGCAACAGGCCCCCUGCUCGUCAGCGCAGGACAGCCAACGGCAGGAAGCCCGCCAAUAUCGGCGAGGUGCGCGAGACGCUAUCCGACCUCCUCGAGGAUGAGCGCUUCAGCUCAGUCAUACCGGCUACAGAGGCCAGUUCCGGCAGUGAAGACGAGGGCGAUGACGACGAAGAAGAGUCUGGCUCCCAGCGCAGCAACAAGGAGAACCGUGUUCCCAUCCACAACAAAGGCAGCAGCAACCCUCGACGCACAGCCACCGGCGUCGUCGACCGCCUGAGUCUGAAGCGUAAGGCCUCUUCCUCGUCGGUGUCCGGCUCGCGCAUGGCCUUCUCGGCCGCCCAGGCCGGCCCCUCAUCGUCUUUCAAGGUGCCCGCUCUCCUCCGCCGAGCGACAACCAACUCGCUUAUGUCGACCGGGUCAUCCGAAUCGUCGGCAUCUGGCGCGACUAGCAGCAGCAAUUUCGCUAGCGCUGCUGGGUUCGGAGACGACGCCAAGGUCAAAAAGGUUGCCACCAAGAAGAGUGGUGUCAAUGUGGUCAGAGGCGAGAGUGGUGCUAGGUCUAGGCUGCAGGAGAAUGAGAGGAGAAGAGAGGAGAGGAAGGUCAAAGGUGCUGAGAGAAGAGUGGGUGUUGUGGGCGGUUUGCUUGGAAAGGGAUCAUUUGAGUAG